CCACACCCAAUUCACUCACAACGUAGCUAGUGAACAGUAUCCUCUAAACAAAAAAUGGCUUCAAGCUCCAUAGCCCUUUUCUUGGCUCUCAAUCUCCUCUUUUUCACAACAAUCUCUGCCUGUGGUAGCUGCACUCCGUGCGGUGGAGGUUGCCCCUCUCCCAAGCCAAAGCCAACUCCUAAACCAACUCCAAGCCCUAGCUCUGGCUCGAGCAAGUGCCCUAAAGAUACCCUCAAGCUCGGUGUCUGCGCUAAUGUGCUCAACGGCCUCCUCGACUUGACCCUUGGCAAGCCACCGGUCGAGCCAUGCUGCAGCCUCAUCCAAGGACUCGCUGAUGUUGAAGCAGCCGUUUGUCUCUGCACCGCCCUUAAGGCUAACAUUCUUGGAAUCAACUUGAACCUCCCAAUAUCUCUAAGUCUGCUCCUCAAUGUUUGCAGCAAACAACUUCCUCCUGGCUUCCAAUGCUAAUAACCAUAUUGAUAUAUAAUUUAAAUACACUUAUGUGUGUAUUUAUCUUCUUGUUUUAAAGAGACAAGGUUAUUCUAUACUCUUAUUAUUGUGUCUUCAUAUAUCUUGAUCUGUGGUUUCAUCUAGUCUUCUUGCUCUGGUGUUCAUUGGAGUCUCUUUCUGUGUGAUCCGUAAUCCUGAAGUUUACAGUUUCAUUAUUUCCCAUUAUAUAUACUCUUACCAUUGGGGGUAUUUCUGUAUUGGUUUGUAUUAUGAUUCUAUGAAUUAAUAAGAAUUUAAUUUUUAU